AUGCCCGAACAGCAGCAAAGCUUGUCAGUCAUCGAAAGGAGCCUCCCCAACGGUGUCAGGUACGACCUCAGCUCGCCCGGCCACGUCACCAUUUCCCUUCCUCCCACAUCGACUUGGUCCAGCGGCCUUCACUGGCACGAAACGCACACCGAGUACCUCAAGGUCGUGCAGGGGAGCAUCAAGGUGCGCGUAGGCUCGGCCCGCCGCAUCAUCACCGCGUCAGCGACCAGCCAGCCCGAAGUCAGGGUCGACAAGUUCGUCUGGCACGAAUGGCAGCGCGCUGAGCCGGGUGGCGAGGAGGUGGUUGUCGUCGAGCGGACGGACCCGGCCGAUGCCGAAAAGGCCCUUUUCUUCUGGAACCUCAACGGGGUGGUUCUCAGCGCGCCCAAGCUGCUGAGCACGCAUCAGUACUUGUCCCGCUUGCCGGAAACCAUGGCCCAGUUGCUGCUGACGCUCUGGGUCGAGCUGAAUCUCAUGGUCAUCUUUGCGCACCUGGACAACAUACCCGUCUAUGUGAACCUGCCCAGCUACAAGAGCCUGCGAAGAAGGAAUCUUGUCUCGGUUCAGACGCUGGCCAUGGGAGACUGGGUGAUAUCGCACUUUGUUCUGUCCAUGGCGGCGUUGCUGGGAUGGCUCGUCGGUGUUCACCCAGUUGAUCAGAGGUAUACGCCGGAAAGGGAAUACGCCCUCUGGACGACGGCGGGUGACGACUACGAAAAGGAUCAAACUUAG